AUGUCUUUAAAGAUCGUCGUUGUUAUUGCCGCUUUUGUCGGAGCUAUUGCUGCCCAGCAUUACUAUCAACAACUGCACCACGAGGAAGAACACCAUGGACCAGUACAUUACGAGUUCAACUAUGACAUCCAUGACGAUCACACCGGAGAUGUCCAUGGACGCAAGGAGGCUCGCAAGGAUGAUCACACUCAGGGAGAGUACUACCUGAUCGAUGCCGAUGGCCACAAGCGUAUCGUGACUUACCAGGUUGAUGGCAAGAGCGGAUUCAUCGCCCAGGUCCAUCGUGAACCAAUCAAGGGAUACCAGGCGCCACAACAGGUCCACAAAAUUGUGACUCCAAUUCAUAAAGUGUUGACCGUUCCAGUUCACCACGCCCACCACUAUUAA